AUGGCUAAAUUCAAGACUUUGUUGACCGCCGUGUUCCUGGCCACUGGAGGCUUCCUGUUCGGUUAUGACAGUGGUAUCAUCACAUCGACCAUCGGCCAAACCGAAUUCAUCAAAUACUUCUCUCAUCCUAGCGACACCGUAACCGGCGGUAUCGUCUCUGCAUUCCAGGGCGGCGCCAUUUUGGGCACAAUCAUCAACAUCUUCACUGGUGACCGGCUGGGCCGGAAGCGAUCUGUCUUCGCUGGCGCUUGUAUAUCCUGCUUUGGGUGUGCCUUGCAGGCUGGCGCUGUCAAUAUGACCAUGCUCAUCCUUGGCCGCCUCAUUGCCGGCGUUGCGGUUGGCAUGCUUACCUCUGUUGUCCCUAUGUAUGCUAGUGAGAUCGCCGAGUCUCCUUCCCGUGGUAUGAUGUCUGGUCUGUUGCAGUGGAUGUUAAGUUGGGGAUAUCUUGUUGCUCAGUGGCUGGGAUAUGGAUGUUCUUUCAAUGAAACUUCCUUUCAGUGGCGCUUUCCUCUUGCUUUCCAGUGUCUCCCUGGUCUAGUCCUAGUCAGCGGAAUCUUCUUCUUGAACGAGUCCCCACGUUGGUUGAUGGAGAUGGAUCGCCACGAGGAAGCCCUUGCCUCACUGCAAAACCUACACGGUGACGGUACACUAGAGACAGCGCAGUACAUCGAUCUCGAGUUCCAGGAGAUCCGCGACACCAUCCAGGCCGAGCGCCUGCAGACAAAGGCCACCUGGACCUCGAUCCUGCGGAAGCCCUCUUGGAGGCGUCGUCUCAUCCUCGGCUGUGGCGUGCAGGCCUUCGGUGUCUUGUCCGGAAUCAACGUCAUCAACUACUACGGAACUCGCAUAUAUGCAACGCUAGGAUUUGACACACAAAUGUCUCUCAUGAUCAUCGGAAUAUCCGGUGCGCUGUCCAUUGUCUACUGUACUGGAGGUCUAUGGGCACUAGAGCGCGUGGGCCGUAUUAAGCCUCUCAUUUUCUCCGCUGCUGGAAUGGCUGGCGCGCUUGUCUGCAAUGCUGCCAUGUCUCAGCACUGGGACGAGGGCAACCAGAAUCAGCUUCGGGCUAUGGUGGCUAUGAACUUUGUGUUCAGUUUCUUCUAUACCUUUGUCGGUAUCAUUUCUUGGGUCUAUCCAGCUGAGAUCUUCCCCGUCGAUAUUCGUAACCAGGGUAAUUCGAUCACCACAUUCACCAACUGGACUGUCAACCUCGUGUUCGCUCAGGUUUCGCCAAUUGCCUUGUCUUCAAUUGGCUUCCGGUACUUCUAUGUGUUCUUCGUCUUCAACUUGAUUGCUAUGCUUUGUUACAUCUUCUUCUUCUCUGAGACACAGGGCAAGACUCUGGAACAAAUGGAUUCCUUGUUCGGUGAUGAAGCACCUAUGGGCGUUGAGAGUGAGAAAAGGGCAACUGAAGUGGUCAUGGUGGAGGAUACAAGCAAGUGA